GACAUAAUCCACGAAUAUUUCAAGCAAAAUAGGAACGUAUAAAAUCGUCCCUUUAAUCUCAUGGAGCCAACUCCGUUCCGACGUCGGUUUGAUGUGUAAACACAGCUUUGACGGCUGGCUGUCGGACAAUGCCUAAAAACAACUGAACUUGAACUCAGAUCGGCGAGUGUCAGCUUGUGGCGCCAUGCGCCAAGACAUUGUGAUCCAAAGUUGAGACAGUUUACAGUAACCGUGGCUUUAAAAAAAAUGUAUUUAAAGUUAACCACCUUGGUGUCAGAUUAUGAAUACAGUUCAUUCUCUUCUGGUCUCUUUUUCAAAUAAUCCAAGUAUUCCAAGUCAGUUCAAGCAAGGCGCCAGUUUCUGCAGGGUGUGUGUCAUUGUGAUUCCAAGGAGAAAAUGUUUCCAUUGAGAUCUCUUGUGGUCAUUUUCAAGACAAGAAUGUCUGAGAUUCUCGUUUUAGCAAUGACUGCUUUCUUUCCAAACACGCCAGGUGGACUGUGUCUGUCCUUCAUCUGUGCUCGACCUGGUGGACACGGAGACUGGCAGACGCCACGUAGAUUUCCCAGUGGAAAAUAUCUGCUCCGACUGUUCCCUGCUCAGGGGCCCCUACAUCACCAGAGGACCAUCUACAGCACCAAAAGAUGGCUUUCAGAACUGGAAGACCAUCUAGAGAACAGAGGAUGGCCCACAGGGACAGAGGACGCCUUCAAGUCCUCCGUGGCGUGUGUGAUGAAUGAUGAUCCGCCCCACGACCAGCCUGCAAGAUGAUGCUCCCGCCAGCUGCCACUGAGGGAUGUCAGUCUACCAACCCACAAACCAAGACGACAGCUGCAGAAUGUGUCGACCCACCUGGAACACAUUAAAAAUUUUAACGUUA